AUGAGAUUGCUCCCAGGCCCGAGUCCGAAGAAGAGACGCACUGAGUCCAAUGAUCUUCUUGGACUUAGCUUCUUGAGGUCGGAGGUAUGGAGCCAAGCUUACAGAAGAGCCUCGACAUCGACAUCUGCUUCGCAUGCGCAUGUUUUGAUGCUGGUCGUCAUUGUAAUCGGACACCCAUUGCUUCUGCAUCUCACUUGCACCUAG